CUUUCCAAAUUUGGAGUCUUGAUUGAUAGCACAUUGCGCUACAAAUAAUUUCCAUUUCCCAAAUCCUUUCGUUUGCCAUCGAUCUCUUCAUUUUCCCGAACCUACAAGAUAUUUAUUCUUUUAUAUAUCUCUUCAUAUUUUGCUUUAAAACUGGAUCCAUUAAUUUCAAGCAUCCACUAAUUAGUUCUCCACUUUUUUUUCUUUCUUUGGGUGGGAAAGAAGAAUCGUUGUCGGAUGGGUGCUUGUGUUUCACAUCACCAUCAUAAUAAGGCUUAUAAUUCUGAAAUGAAGAAGAAGGUGCCAUUUAAUAAUUCUUAUUCUAAUGACAAUAUUAAACAACAUUAUGAUCAAAAUAAGGCGGUGAUCACUGAUCAUAAUUCUAGUACUAGUAAUUAUAAUAAUAAUACAAAACUAGUACUUACCUUCAUGGAUGGUCAUGUUGCUGUUAAACCUCAACUUCCUCCUUCUCAUCAGUCACCUGCUACUUUUUCUGAUCAUGGUAGCAAGGAGGAGACCUUUUUUGAUUCCCAAGCAUGGUUAGAUUCAGAUUGUGAAGACGAAUUUAUGAGCGUUAAUGGUGAGUUUACCCCGUCAAGAGGCAAUACACCGGUACACCCUAGCCUGACUCUAGGAAAACCACAUCAAGUCAUUGGAGGAGUCACUUUUAUGGAAAAGAAUGACCCUUUUGUUUCCAAACCUCAGCCAUCGCCGACUCCAACACAGAAGAAGUUCAGUCUUUUGGAACUUUUCAAACGAAGCAUAAGAGACAACCGUGAUUUAACUGAGGUGAUUGCUGAACCACCCAACAAAGAUGGUCAUAUGGAAACGGAUGAUGCUAAUUUGAAGCAGAGUAGGGAAGCACAUUUGGAUUCUAGGCAAUCAGGCUGUUUUUCGAGUUUGCUUUCUGUGCGUAGCACUGGAAGGCAGAAGAAGAAAAGCCUAAACGUAGCCCAAAGCGCAGUUUUUGAUGAAUGAUUGGUCAGCCUGCAGUAUGGAAUUUGAUCAUGCACUGUGGAUUGGGAUGAAAUUUUUAUUCUUCUUCAGGCGUAUAAAAUGAUAUGUAAAGAAUUAACUUCGAAAAUUGAGUUUUAUGUUAUUGAAAUGAUGAGAAAAGAAUUAUUCCAGUGACAAA